AUGCAAAGAAAAAACACUACGCUUGGAUCCUGUCACGAGUCAACCCGCAUGACAUGAGUUUUAGGUUCAGGGAUGAGCAGAUCCGUAGGUUUAGAGUCUCUGACAUGGUUUCCAUCAUGGGGUUUGCAAAUUCCAGUGCAUCUGUGACGUAUGAUACUCCUUUGGACCGGGCAGCACUUGUUGCGCAGAUACAGGACAUAGUUGGCCUUGAGAGAAAAGCAGUAGGGGGUCUAGCUGUCAAGGACAUAUCGUAUGCAUUUGAGCAGAUGAAUCCCAGGUCACUAGAUCCAUAUGAGCGUAGGGCAAUGUCAGUAGCAUUCUCUUUGUUGGGGUCUGCUCUGGUAGUAGCACCAAACCAAAGAUAUAUUGCUGUACCAGAUGAGAUCCUACAGUGUGUUGUGCAUCCACAAGGCACUGGGUUCUACAAUAUUGCAAAAUAUGGGUUUGAACGAGUUAGGGAGGCAGUACGUAAAUUCCAAGCUGACAUAAGCAGAGGCAAGAAAACAAUAGAGCUUGGAGGAUGCCAAACAGCAGCACAGAUUUGGGUCCUGGACUGGAUGGACUUUGGCAGCUCAAAUGUGACAUCUCGGCGCCUACCGAGGUUAUCAUCCUACACUGGUGACAAGAUAAAAAAAUUUGAUUGCGCUAGAUGAGCGAUUCCCUGGUCAGUUCAAGACUAAACCUGAAGGCUGGAAAGACAACGUCAACUGGGUUUGGCACCCCAAGAUGUCGGAUCAUCCACCGCUCGUUGGCAUUGACAGCCCACCAAUAGAACUUGGGGCCGUAGUGGAUGACGGAGUUGAAAAAAUCUUCCGAGAUGCGGUUACAGCAUGGUGUAUCGAACACCCAGGAACCAUUGGGGACAGCCAUGAUGGGGGGAUGAUGAUGCCACCGUGGAGAAGUUCCUGUAAGGGAUCAAGAACAACAAUAGAGAUUUUGUUAGGAAGCUAAUGCAUGCAUUUGCUGUUACAAGAUCAGAUGUAGUGAGCACAUCGGCAUCAGAAGGUGUGGGAGGCAGUGGCACACAUGACGGGGUGCGCCCGGUGGCAAUUGAAGCGACAGUUCCAGCCACUCAAAGUUCUGUGGCUGUUCACAUCACAGAAGAUGCAGCACAUAUAGAAAGAUUAACUAAGGAUGGUGAAUUACCACCAGUGUCAACGGCGCCUGUGAUUCCUGUAACUAUAACUACAAAUGAAAGAUGUGCAGGAGUUGUGGAUCUAGCGCCUAAUCUAGUGCCUGCUGACCAAAUAACAACAGCUGCAAGUGUCGAUAUCGAUGGAGAUCAUGCCACGGAUUCGACGGUGCAAGAUGUCAUCCCAGCCCCUCAGUCUGCAAGUGGCACCGCAGGGAGUGGUGCUACAAGGCGACGCCUAACUCGAGCAGAGUUAGGCAAGCUGCCAGUGGAUGAGAAAUGUUGUGAACCUCCAGCAGAUAAGAUACCCGGGAAUGAGGAUCAAAUAGCAAGGGACAACAUGCUGGCAUCGGAGAUGCACCAUACGUAGACCUGGAAACAUAACUCUAAUAAACAAGUACAUUGUUUAUGUAAAUUCAUCUAUACCAUUUCUAUUGCUCUAUCUGUCAGGCGCUGAAUUGGAGGCUCAACAUCCUUUGGCAGGCGGAGGAAAUGGCGUUGGGAUUGCCAAUCCAGCAUCAAUCGGGAUGACGUGGCAUG